AUGUGGAGUGGCGGUCGUAGCAAGUUUCCCACGCUCCGAGCAGCUGAGCAGGAAAAGAAGGUGAGGGUGAGGUCGAAGCGGCGCGAAAAAAAGAAGGCGGCAAUUUCCCCAGGCUGGUCCGAUCUAUGGGCACGCAUGACCGUUCGCUUUUGCGCCGCCGCGCGCUGGAGGGGAGCGCCUAGUCCUGCCCGGUCCCUGUCAGUUUUAAGCCCAGGAGUGGGAACCGGUGGCUCUCAGUCGCACGAGAAAGUCAUUAAUUAUCGACAAACCGGGAAAUGGAGGACAGUCCCCGAGCAGCAAUGA